AUGCUUAUCGAUGUGCAUCUUAGGGGUCUCUUCUCUAGAUUUAGCGAACAACACGAACAAGUUCAAAACACUCCUCAUGAACACAAGGGCCAUCUUAGCCACGAAGUCAUCGCUGGUGCUGCUUCUUACGAAGCUGUCAAGGCCUACAACGAACAUUGUGAAAGAAACGGUAAGCCCGUUGACCAUGCUACUGCCAAGGCCCUCCUUGCUGGCUUUGCUGGUGCCGCUUUGGACAAGUUGAUCGAAACUAAGGGUCUUGACUUCAUUGACAAGCAAAAGGCCAAGCACGAAGCUGAAUCCCAAGCCAAGGAAUACUAUGAAGUCGAACACUCCUAA